AGGAGGAGCAGCCCAAGGACCUGGUCUUCAGAAGCCAGUGGCUUUGUUUAGAGGCAGAGCAGAAACUGCUGUUGCUGUUUAACUUCAGUAUCUCCAGAGAAAGAGGAAGACCCUUUCUCAGAGCAUUCCUCUUCCCUCAAGCUUACACUUUUGACUCUCUUUGCUUGACGACACUCCAAAUUCUGUUUAGGCAAAGAAAUGCAGAUACAGCAUCUGGGAGAUCUGGAUGGACUUGGGCCAUCUUUGGACGCAGAAACAAUGGCCGCUUCAGAAGGAGAAUCAGAAAGAAUGGUGAAUGAAAGAAGCCAAAGCUGUGAUAGCAAAGCCAGACCUUCUGUGGUGCGAUCCCAAGAGCCAGCAAAGAGUAGCAGCCCAGGGAGCAGAGUCCAAGCAGUGCACUUCAAAGACAGUGGUGACAGUGAUGAAGAAUCAGAUUCCUCUGAGGAUGCACUGAAUACCUCACUGGUGGAGCUUUCUGUGCUUCAGAGGCUGGGUUUGCAUAGGGUGGCUUUGACAGAGCAAGACGUGGAGGCAGCUUUUGCGCACUUAGCCUUGGCUUUCCGUUGCGAUAUGUUUACCCUGAGACAGCGAAUGCAGAUAGAAGAGCGAGCAUGGAACACAGCAGAAGAGAAUAUUCAGCAGGAGUUGGCAGAAUGUCGGGCAGUGUUGCAGAAGUUGGAUCAGGCCUGUUUGGAUCCCAAGUGCAAGGAACUGGUUGAACACUUACAGAACAGCCUAGCAAUUCUGGCAGGAACAAUUGAACGGGCAACAAGUGCAGCAGAGAAAUUAGGAGCUGUCCAUCAGGAAGCUCGCAUGAGUCGGGCUGCAGAAGUGAUGGUGCAACAUGUGGAGAAUCUGAAACGGCAUCACCUGAGGGAGCACGCAGAGUUGGAGGAUAUGAAGAGGCUGAUCCAGCAGAACUCCCGAAACCGGCAGUUAGCAGAAAACAGGGAUGAUGGUGAGCAGAGACUGAAGUAUCCUCUAGCGCGAAUUUUUCAGCAGGGUUCAGCUCGGCGUCGAGUCAGCAUUGCAGUUGUACCCAGACUGAUGCAGUUUCAUAGCUCUGAAAAUGGGCAAGCCCUUGAGGGAGAAGUGGUUAAGCGAAUGAUAGUCAAAGAGGAAAGUCCAGAAAGACAGUCCCAUUUCUCCCAAGAAGACCCUGCAGAGAAUCACCCGAUCCUGCAUCCAGGCCCUUCCAGCUUCUCACAGCAAAGCCUGCAAGAAGCAAAUAGCAGCCACUGUAGCAGGGAAAGAAGCCAUUGUGCAGAAAGGAGAGAUUCAGAACUUAGAAGCAGAAGCCACACUGGCAAAAGUCUAGAAGAUCCCAAUGAAGGAUUGGGUACUGAGGAGGCAAAUAAGGAAUGUGAAGAACUGGAAGAAAAUGUUCUGCUGGCGAAAAGACCUAAAUUGGAGCUUUGCAGAGCCUGGUUCUCCAUACCCACCUACUACUGGGUUGUAUUAUGGAUGUUUUUCCUGGGGAUUGCUUGUCUUGUUCUAAUCUGGAUCCUGGAGCUACAGAAACAAUGUUCAUUUACGACCUCUGAUUGUUAGACCCAGAAGGCACAGAACUUUACAUCAUCGAAAUCAGAUUUUGCUUAUGGAAAAAUAAAAAUGGAAAACACUAUGGAUGUAUAUUUGUGAUCAGUGUGCCCUAAAGGCCUAAGACAUAGUCCUACCUAGUCCAACCAGGCCCUAAGAUAUGGUCCCACCCAGCUGAAAUGUCCUGGAAAACUUCACAAAUAGUUAUGACUACUUUUGUUUU